GGGGAUAUCUGUCGAUAUCUCCAUUAAUUCCCGUUAUCUUUCAACCCUCCAUUAACCCUCCCAAAUCCUUACAAUAUCCCUUCAAAUUCCCUGAGAUUCCCGAUAUCAAUUGCGUAAAAAUUAUUUUAAAUUAUAUUUUUUUACUCGAGUGUCAGUCCGCAAAUUUCGUGUUCGCAAAUUUAAAUCCGCAAUUUAUUGUAAUUUUUUUGUAAUUUUUUGUAAUUUCCUACAAACAAUUUUUUUGUCUUUAUUCUUUUUCUUUUAGCUUAAAUAUGGCAAGGAAUGAGGAAGGCUCUGAUUACAUAUUUUUAUUAAUUGUUGCCACUUUUAUGGUUGCUACAGGAAGUUUAAAUACACUUUCUGCAAAAUGGGUAGAUCAAUUAGCUUUUGAUCAUCCAGUUUUUCAAACAAUUUGUAUGUUUUUUGGUGAAUUUUGUUGUCUGAUUGUUUAUUUAAUUAUGCAUUUUAUUCGAAAACGGCAAUGGAAAUUGAGAAAUCAAUUUCAUGAGGGUGGAGCUGUUUUCGAUUUGGAUCUGGAAGACGAGCCUAAAUUGCCUAGAUUUAAUCCUUUUAUUUUCCUUCCUCCUGCAUGUUGUGAUAUGUUAGGCACAUCUAUAAUGUAUGUUGGGCUUAAUUUGGUUGGUUUUGAAUUAAUUUUAGUUUUAAAAAAUUCAAUAUUCUUUAAAUUAAAGACAACAGCAUCCAGCUUUCAGAUGCUUCGAGGCUCUGUGAUUAUCUUUACUGGACUACUUUCGACAGCUUUUUUACGUGCGCGUUUGAGAGGAUUUAAAUGGCUAGGAAUGGGCUUGGUUGCUUUGGGUCUUUUGGUUGUUGGUUUAUCUGAUAUUGAAUUUGACACAAAUCCAAAUGAUGAUUUAAAUGCAAUUAUAACUGGGAAUUUAUUGAUUGUAAUUGCCCAAAUUGUUGUCGCAAUUCAGAUGGUUUCAGAACAAAAAUUUGUUCUUGAAUAUGACGUCCCUCCACUUUUGGCAGUUGGUUUAGAAGGUUUUUUCGGGAUGAUAAUUCUUUCUUUCCUUUCAUUGCCAAUGUACUUUAUUCACGUGCCUGCUACUUUUUCAAAAAAUCCCGAACAUCGACUUGAAGAUAUUUUUUAUGCAUUUAAACAAAUACAUGAAAAACCAAUAGUUAUGUUAGCUUUAUUUUUUGUAAUUAUAAGUAUUGCAUUUUUUAAUUUUGCUGGAGUGACUGUAACUAAACAUCUUUCUGCUACCACUCGAAUGGUUUUGGAUAGUGUUAGAACUUUUGUAAUUUGGGCUUUUUCUAUUCCACUUUUUGGCGAAAAUUUUAUUCCUGUACAGUUAAUUGGUUUUGCUUUAUUGACGCUUGGAAUGUUUGUCUACAAUGAUUUACUUUUUGGCCCUUGGUUUCGAAGAGAAAUUCUUCCAAGAAUCCAUAAUGAAAGAAUAGCUUUAUGUCUUGCUUCAUUUUGUGGAUUGGAGGGAUUGACAGAGAGUGACAAUAAUCGAUAUAAUCGUGAAAGAUUUGAACGAAUAGAAGAGGAAGAAUGA